AUGGCUAUCGAUCCACUUGACCUUUUUAUAUUAAUCGUUAUAAUUGCGGGUUUCGCAGCAUAUUUCUCAAAAGGUAAACUUUGGGCAAAAGAUGGUGAAGAUGUGUCUGCUUCUGGCUCUGGAUCUAGAGAUCUUGUCGAAACGCUGAACGAAACCGGAAAGAAGGCACUUGUUCUCUUUGGUUCCCAAACAGGUACAGCUGAGGAUUAUGCACACAAGUUUGCGAAGGAAUUCCAAUCUCGGUUUGGAGUGCCAACAAUGUGUGCUGAUUUAGCUGAUUAUGACUAUGACAACUUUGAUAAGAUUGCAUCCGAGGUGAGUGGUUUCAAAAUGGUGUUUUUCUUUACCGCGACAUACGGUGAAGGUGAUCCAACGGAUAAUGCUCUUGAUUUCUUUGACUAUUUAGAUAAUGAUUGUGAGGAUCUUUCGGGAUUGAAGUUUGCUUGCUUUGGUCUUGGAAACUCCACAUACGAGUUUUAUAAUGCCACUGGUAAGCGUACAUCUAAGACGCUCAAAAGUAAAAACGCCAAACAGAUUGGAGAGCUUGGACUUGGUGAUGAUGGAAUGGCUACCAUGGAUGAGGAUUAUCUUGCUUGGAAGGACUCGAUGUUCGCUGUUUUGAAGAAUACCUUAAAAUUGGAUGAAAAGGAGCUUGAAUAUGAACCAAGUAUGGAGGUCUCUGAAAAUGACACUCUUACUAAAGAGUCUCCUGAAGUUGCUCUUGGAGAACCAGAUUCACGGUACGUUAAUAUUAAUAAUGAUGGUACUAAAGCUGAAUUUUUCGAUCACACCCACCCAUUCCUGGCUCCGGUUGUGUUCUCUAAGGAAUUGUGUCCUAAAAGACACUGUAUUCACGUUGAAUUGGACCUUUCGAACUCCAAUAUUAAAUAUCUCACCGGAGACCAUCUUGCAAUUUGGCCAUCUAACCCUGAUUCCAAGGUUACCAAGUUUGUCGAGGCAUUAGGCCUGGAGGAUAAGAAAGAUCACGUUAUAGAUAUCAAGUCCUUGGACCCAACUGUUCGCUGUGAAAUUCCUACUCCUACAACUUACGCUGCCGUUAUCAGAUAUUAUUUGGAAAUUUCGGGUCCUGUUUCAAGGCAGUUUGUGAAGUCUGUUGUUCAAUUUUCUCCGGACGAAGAGACGAAGCAAAGAGUUGAAAAGAUUUCGAAUGAUAAAAGUCUAUUCCAGAAGGAAAUAACCGAUAAAGGUUUUAAUGUUGCAGAUGCUUUGCUCUCUUUGAGUAAUGGUGCAAAAUGGAACACGUUACCCUUUGCAUUUAUUAUAGAAUCGAUUGCUCAUAUUCAACCUCGUUAUUAUUCCAUUUCGUCGUCCUCUCUUUACGACAAAGAAAAAGUUCAUGCAACUGUUAUGGUGGAGGCAAAUGAUGUACCAAAUACGACUAGAAUGACAACUGGUGUUUGCAGUAACCUUAUAUUUGACUUAGAGGUUAAGCAGAACCACGUCACUGAUGUGAAGCCAUAUGAAAAUUAUGAUCAGGAUGGACCUAGAGGAAAAUUCAGUAAGUUUAAGCUUCCUGUUCAUGUUCGCCGGUCCACUUUCAAGCUUCCUUCAAACUCUAAUACGCCAGUGAUUAUGGUUGGUCCAGGAACUGGUGUUGCUCCGUUCAGGGGUUUCAUUAGAGAGAGAGUUAAGCAGGCUGAAAAUGGUGACAAAGGUGGAAAAAUGAUUUUGUUUUACGGUUGCAGAAGAUCAACAGAUGAUUAUCUGUACAAGGACGAGUGGCCAGAGUAUGCAAAGACGUUGGGUGGUGAUUUGAAGAUUGUGACAGCAUUCUCGAGAGAGACGGCUAAAAAGGUUUACGUUCAGCACAAAAUGCUAGAGCACAGCAAGGAGAUAUUUGACCUUUUGGAAAAGGGUGCAUUCUUCUAUGUGUGUGGUGAUGCUUCCAGAAUGGCUAGAGAUGUGCAAAAAGCAUUAACCAGCAUCAUUGCAAAGGAAAACAAUAUAUCCGCCGAGGAUGCAGCAGACAUUGUCAAGGAUCUGAAGGUCGAAAAUAGAUAUCAAGAAGAUGUGUGGUAA